AUGAUUGGCGCAGAUCCGGUCCACCCAAGUGCAGUCUGCCUCUUUCUCCUUACAAAGCUUAACCUCGAGGAGAAGCACUCCGACAUGAGGACGCUGCAGCAGACGCUGGAGGAGGAGAAGAAGAAACGGGCGACCAAAUCGAGCGGACUGCACAGUGAACUCGAGGCAGAGUACGAGCAACUUCUCUCCCAGAUAGCCAAUCUCCGGUGA